CUUCAUCAUUUUUUCUUUCUCUCUCUCUCUUUCUCUCUCUCUCUCUCUCUCUCCAUCUCUCUCUCUUGCUCUCUCUUUUUCUCACUUUCAGCCUCCGCCUCACUCUAUCUCCUUUUUUUCCUCUCCUCCAAAAUAAUUCUUUCUCUCCACCUUACCUUAUCUACAUUUAUUCUCUCUUUUCCUUCACUCAUUUGAAGAAGCUCCAUCACAAAUAUAAAACAUUAGAAAGAAGAAACUGAAGAAUACGAAGAGAACCAAGGAACCAGAAGAUGUCAGAUUCAGAGUUCAGGAUUGUGUCCAGGUGGCCAAGAGGGACCAGAUCAGCUGCUGCAUUUCUCUUUCUUCUUCUGGUGUGUACACAUGGAGCAGUCGAGGGACGCAGAGUCACCAAAAUCCCUCGCUGUCCAGUGACCUGCUCCUGCACCAAAGACAGCGCCUUCUGUGUGGACACUAAAACCAUUCCCAAGAGCUUUCCGCCCGGCAUCAUUUCACUGACGAUGGUGAAUGCAGGCUUUACUGAGAUCCCAGAGGGAGCGUUCUCUCACCUGCACUUGCUGCAGUUCCUUUUGCUGAAUUCCAAUACUUUCACUGUGAUUGCAGAUGAUGCCUUCACCGGCCUUUCGCACCUGCAGUAUCUGUUUGUUGAGAAUAAUGACAUCCGGUCCUUGUCCAAAUACACUUUCAGAGGCCUGAAAUCUCUAACACAUCUAUCUCUGUCGAACAAUAAUCUGCAGGUCCUACCCAGAGAGUUGCUCAAACACCAGGACAUCCUCACUGACCUAGACCUGAGAGGGAACUCGUUCCGCUGUGACUGUAAGAUUAAGUGGCUGGUGGACUGGAUGGAGAAAACCAACACCUCCGUCCCCUCUAUAUACUGCGCAAGUCCCUUUGAGUUCCAGGGUCGACGCAUUCAGGACUUAAUGCCACGAGACUUCAACUGUAUUAGUGCAGAUUUUGCUCUGUAUGAGACCUACCCGUUCCAGUCUCUCUCUGUGGAGUCGUAUGACUUCAAUGAUGACUUGUACGUGGUGUUCGCGCAGCCCAACACUGGAAUGUGUACCGUUUACAUCUGGGAUCAUGUGAACAUGCUUUUCAGGACCCAUUACAACAUCACCUCUCGAUCUGCAGUGUACUGCAAGCCUGUAGUGAUCAACAACACCCUCUACAUGGUUGUAGCCCAACUCUUUGGAGGAUCCCAUAUCUACAAGUGGGAAGAGGGGCCUCUACAGUUUGUCAAAGUCCAGGACAUCGAUGCGAGCCGUAUACGCAAACCUAACUUCAUCGAGACGUUUCAGAUUGACGGGGAAUGGUAUUUUGCUGUCGUAGACAGCUCCAAGGCAGGCUCCACCAGCAUCUACCGCUGGAACAGCAACGGCUUCUACUCGCACCAGUCGCUUCACCCGUGGCACCGUGACACACACAUACACUUCCUAGAGGUGGACGGAAAGUCCAGGCUAAUCUUGUCGAGCUCCUCGCAGCCCCCGGUGGUCUAUCAGUGGAACCGCGGGACACGGCAGUUCGUCUUCCACUCAGAAAUCCCGCACGCAGGUGAUGUGCACAUGGUGAAGCACUUCUGGGCUCACCAGGCUCUCUAUCUCUGCCUGACGCGCUUCAUUGGCGACUCGAGGCUUGUGCGCUGGGAAAGCCAGCGUUUUGUGGAGAUCCAGACGCUAUCUUCACGUGGCUCAAUGGCAGUGCAUCCAUUUAGCGUCAGCGUGAGGCAGUACCUGGUUCUGGGCAGCGAUUACUCCUUCUCACAUAUCUACCUGUGGGACGAGCUCACACAGCGCUUCCAGCCGUUCCAGGAGAUCAAUGUUUUGGCGCCUCGUGGCUUUAGCCUCGUCUCAAUCGACAACAAAGACAUCCUGCUCGUAUCCAGCUUUAAAGGAAAGACAGUGGCGUAUCAGCACCUACUGGUGGACCUUAGCGCCAAGUGAGCGCCAACUCGAGACUAAAUAUGGAGGAUAGGUUUUUGCGAAUGGAAGGCCGAUGCGUUACCUGUCGCAAAUUCGAUGUAGACUUUGACAGACUUUCAUUUACAGUGUAAAAAUGCCACUGAUUAGCAUGCUGACUUGCCCGUUCAAGAAUGAAACUAGACACCGCUCAGGAAAUAAUAGCUUGAUAUAAGCUUCUACAUAUGCAUAUAGAUAUGAAAUAUAGAAUGACAUCAAAAUGAGGAUCUACAUUCACUGUUGUCUUCAUAAGGAGCAUCAUGUCAAGAGCCUUAGGUAGUGUUAGCAUCAAAUAUCAGAAGCUCAGAGGAGAGAGGGGAGGUGGGUUUGAGCUAUAUAUAAAAUUGGCAAUCUUUACAAACAUGGUGAGCAGGAAAGCUGGGCUUCAUGUCAGCCACAUGAUUGUCUGACUGGAAAUCUACAUGAAGGCGUAGGUGUGGAGGUGCUCCUAUUAAAGUAGGUAGUGAGACAACUUUUGAUGUAUGAAGCAGCCAUUCAAGCUUGAAUUAAAACCACUAUUUUUCUCCUGAAUUGUAAUUUAAAUGGCCUGUAAUAUAUGAUUAUACAUGCUUUAGACAACACAGUAUGUUUGUGAGCACAUACUGUUACCCCGGGAUAAUUAUAUAUAUCUCAAGGCCUCAUCGAUGGUUGUGUCCAAAAUCAGAUUGUAAGAUAUGAGAUUUUUUAUGCAUGUCCAAUGUUUGACUAACAUCUAUAAUGAUUUCUGUAAUGAGCAUAUUAUUUUAAUCUCAUUUCCAGCUUAAACCCUUUAUCCCAUUCUACCAACAACGAUAAGAAAUAAAAGCACCCGUUUACUGUCAUUAUGUGCACUGAAAUAUAAAGUGUAUAUGGCUGAGCAUGGGGAUUUCGAAUUGUGAGCAACUAAUAGGAAACCCACAAAUGUGUUAUAA